AUGGCUUCACUGCUACGACUUCAACCGCGCCUGCGCGCCCCUUCCUCCAUGGCCUAUCUUAGUCGCCCAGUCGUCAAUCUCUCUGGUCAGCGAUACUAUGCUCAAAAGUCUGAGCAGAACGAUGGAGACAGCAAUGCCACGCAGCAGGAUCAGAAAGAUACCACGGACACAACCCCCAACCACCCCAUUCCCUCCAACAAGGCGCGUCCGACUCUUCGCGAUGGAAAUCAGUCACCUAUCGCCGACCAUGAGGGGCAUCUCCGAGACGACCUUCCGGAAGAUGUGAAGAAACACAACGAAGAGGUGCAGCAACGAUACGACAGACCGUACAACCAUAUCGCAGAUGAGGGAGAUGUUGAGACCUCGUGGGAAAGGAAAUGA